AUGUACAGUGGCUUAGACAUCGUGUACAAUAACUCUGGCAUUGUAUACAGCGUUUCAGACAUUAUGUACAGUGGCUUAGACAUCGUGUACAAUAACUCUGGCAUUGAAUACAGCGUUUCAGACAUUAUGUACAGUGUUUUAGACAUCGUGUACAAUAACUCUGGCAUUGUAUACAGCAUUUCAGACAUUAUGUACAGUGGCUUAGACAUCGUGUACAAUAACUCUGGCAUUGUAUACAGCGUUUCAGACAUUAUAUACAGUGUCUUAGACAUCGUGUACAAUAACUCUGGCAUUGAAUACAGCGUUUCAGACAUUAUGUACAGUGUUUUAGACAUCGUGUACAAUAACUCUUGCAUUGUAUACAGCGUUUCAGACAUUAUGUACAGUGGCUUAGACAUCGUGUACAAUAACUCUGGCAUUGAAUACAGCGUUUCAGACAUUAUGUACAGUGUUUUAGACAUCGUGUACAAUAACUCUUGCAUUGUAUACAGCGUUUCAGACAUUAUGUACAGUGGCUUAGACAUCGUGUACAAUAACUCUGGCAUUGUAUACAGCGUUUCAGACAUUAUGUACACUGUCUUAGACAUCGUGUACAAUAACUCUGGCAUUGUAUACAGCGUUUCAGACAUUAUGUACAGUGGCUUAGACAUCGUGUACAAUAACUCUGGCAUUGUAUACAGCGUUUCAGACAUUAUGUACAGUGUUUUAGACAUCGUGUACAAUAACUCUGACAUUGUAUACAGCGUUUCAGACAUUAUGUACAGUGGCUUAGACAUCGUGUACAAUAACUCUGGCAUUGUAUACAGCGUUUCAGACAUUAUGUACAGUGGCUUAGACAUCGUGUACAAUAACUCUGGCAUUGAAUACAGCGUUUCAUACAUUAUGUACAGUGUUUUAGACAUCGUGUACAAUAACUCUGGCAUUGUAUACAGCGUUUCAGACAUUAUGUACAGUGGCUUAGACAUCGUGUACAAUAACUCUGGCAUUGUAUACAGCGUUUCAGACAUUAUGUACAGUGUCUUAGACAUCGUGUACAAUAACUCUGGCAUUGAAUACAGCGUUUCAGACAUUAUGUACAGUGUCUUAGACAUCGUGUACAAUAACUCUUGCAUUGUAUACAGCGUUUCAGACAUUAUGUACAGUGGCUUAGACAUCGUGUACAAUAACUCUGGCAUUGUAUACAGCGUUUCAGACAUUAUGUACACUGUCUUAGACAUCGUGUACAAUAACUCUGGCAUUGUAUACAGCGUUUCAGACAUUAUGUACAGUGGCUUAGACAUCGUGUACAAUAACUCUGGCAUUGUAUACAGCGUUUCAGACAUUAUGUACAGUGGCUUAGACAUCGUGUACAAUAACUCUGGCAUUGUACACAGCGUUUCAGACAUUAUGUACAGUGGCUUAGACAUCGUGUACAAUAACUCUGGCAUUGUACACAGCGUUUCAGACAUUAUGUACAGUGGCUUAGACAUCGUGUACAAUAACUCUGGCAUUGUACACAGCUUCAGACAUUAUGUACAGUUAGACAUUCGUGUACAAUAA